CCGCGCCGGGCGGACGGAGGGACGGACGGAGCGAGGGCGCGCCGGCCAUGGCGUGGGGAGGCCGCGGCGCCCGGCCCCGGCCGGCCUCCCUCGGGCUGCUGUGGCUGCUGCUCCUGCUGGGCGGCCCGAGCUGUGGGAAUGCCGGUUCAGUGACUCUUCCAGAGACACUACUGUUUGUUUCAACUCUGGAUGGGAACUUGCAUGCCGUGAGCAAGAGGACGGGGUCAAUUAAGUGGACUUUAAAAGAAGAUCCUGUACUUCAGGUGCCAUUACAUGUAGAAGAACCCGCAUUUCUUCCCGACCCUAAUGAUGGUAGUCUGUACACUCUUGGCGGCAAGAAUAACGAAGGCUUGACCAAACUACCAUUCACCAUUCCUGAACUGGUCCAAGCAUCCCCUUGCCGCAGUACAGAUGGCAUCCUAUACAUGGGAAAGAAGCAGGACAGCUGGUACGUGAUAGACCUCAUGACGGGAGAGAAACAGCAAACUCUGACCUCUUCAUUUGCCGAAAGCCUUUGCCCGUCUACGUCUCUCCUCUACCUUGGCCGAACAGAAUACACAAUAACGAUGUACGAUACCAAGAGUAAAGAGCUCCGAUGGAACGCUACCUACUUUGAUUAUGCCGCUACGUUGCCUGAUGAAGACGUGCAAUACAAAAUGUCCCAUUUUGCAUCUAAUGGAGAUGGGCUGGUGGUGACGGUGGACAGUGAGUCUGGGGACGUCCUGUGGAUACAGAAUUACGGCUCCCCCGUUGUAGCUUUUUAUAUCUGGCAGCGGGAGGGGUUGUGGAAAGUCAUGCACACCAAUGUGGGAAUAGAAACGCUGCGGUACCUGACAUUCAUGUCUGGUGAAGUUGGACGCAUCACUAAGUGGAAAUACCCCUUUCCUAAAGAAACAGAGGCCAAGAGCAAAUUGAUGCCAACGCUCUACGUGGGGAAAUAUUCCACCAGCUUGUAUGCAUCGCCAUCAAUGGUUCACGAAGGAGUGGCUAUUAUGCCCCGGGGAAGCGCAAUACCAUUGAUAGAGGGUCCAAAAACACGCAGUGUCACGAUUGAAGACAACGGAGAGUGUGUUAUCACCCCCAGUACUGAUCUGAAGUUUACUUCUGGAUUGAAACACAAGAACAGACUCAACUAUUUGCGGAAUCAUUGGCUUCUAAUAGGGCAUCAUGAGACACCGCUGUCAGCCCCAACAAAGAUCCUGGAGAAAUUUCCAAGCAAUUUGCCUAAGCGGCAAGAAAAUAUUAUCCCAGCGGAUUCGGACAGAGCUGCUUUUGAAGAGGCCAUUGAUAUUACUGGGAGUUCCCCAAAGGACUUGCCCCCUCCCAUCCCAGAGGACGCUGAAGAGAUGCUCAGCCAACCUGCCCCUCGACCGGAAGCUCAAGUGGACUCCCUGUUGAAGGACAUGGCCACCGUCAUCCUCAGCACGUUCUUAAUUGUUAGCUGGGUCGCCUUUAUCAUCACGUAUCCAAUGAGCGUUCACCAUCAGCAGCAACGACAACACCGACAGUUUCAGAAACAGCUGGAGGAAAAGAUCCAGUUGUUGCAGCACCAGUCCUUCAACCCGCCCAUCGACUUGCCCCCGGAGGCUGACUUCUCAGAUGGUUCCUGCAUAAAGGCAGAAAGCUCAGCCACCAGCACCCCAAACACGUCCCCGAAGGCGUCAAAUCACUCUGCCUAUUCCAAUGUUUCUGCCUCUGACGUUGGGAGCGGCCUGUCAACGGAACAGGAAGAAGAUGGAGACAUCGGUGUCAUAACCGUUGGAAAGAUCUCAUUCCACCCGAAGGACAUGCUCGGACAUGGAGCCGAGGGAACAAUUGUUUAUAGGGGGACGUUUGAUAACCGAGCAGUCGCUGUGAAGAGAAUUCUCCCGGAAUGCUUCAGCUUUGCUGAUCGAGAGGUGCAGCUGCUGCGAGAAUCUGACGAACAUCCAAACGUGAUCCGCUACUUCUGCACAGAGAGGGAUCGCCAGUUCCAGUACAUAGCCCUUGAGCUCUGCGCUGCCACUUUACAGGAGUAUGUGGAACAAAAGGACUUCAGUUACCACGGUUUGCAGCCUAUCACCGUUUUACAACAGACAAUGUCCGGUCUCGCUUAUCUCCACUCUCUCAAUAUUGUCCACAGAGACCUGAAGCCCCACAAUAUCCUCAUUUCUAUGCCUAAUGCCCAUGGGAAGGUCAAAGCCAUGAUCUCAGACUUCGGCCUGUGCAAGAAGCUCGCAGCUGGCAGGCACAGUUUCAGCCGUCGAUCUGGAGUGCCAGGCACCGAAGGCUGGAUCGCUCCAGAGAUACUGAGUGAAGACCGCAAAGAGAAUCCAACACAUACUGUAGAUAUUUUUUCAGCGGGAUGCGUCUUCUAUUACGUGGUAUCAGAAGGCAACCACCCAUUUGGCAAAUCCCUGCAGCGGCAAGCCAAUAUUUUGUUGAGUGCCUACAAUCUGGACUUCCUAAAUCCAGAGAAGCAUGAGGACAUAGUUGCUCGUGACUUAGUAGAGCAAAUGAUAAGUACAGACCCUCAGAAGCGGCCUUCAGCUAACUGCGUGUUAAAGCACCCUUUUUUCUGGGGUUUAGAGAAGCAGCUCCAGUUUUUCCAGGAUGUCAGCGACCGAAUAGAAAAAGAAGCCUUAGAUGGCCCAAUCGUGAAGGAGCUGGAGAGAGGAGGGCGGGCAGUGGUGAAAAUGGACUGGAGGGAGCACAUCACCGUCCCUCUACAGACAGAUCUUCGAAAAUUCCGGUCCUAUAAAGGGGGUUCAGUCAGAGAUCUUCUGCGAGCCAUGAGAAAUAAGAAGCACCAUUAUAGAGAACUGCCCCAGGAAGUGCAGGAGACUUUGGGCACUGUCCCAGAUGACUUUGUGCGUUACUUUACUUUGCGUUUCCCUCACCUUCUUCUUCACACCUACCGUGCUAUGCAAAUCUGCUCCCAGGAAAGACUAUUUCAGCCUUAUUAUAUGCAGGACUCUGAACACAUACCUCCCAGAGAUGCUGUUUGACUGAUGGAGACGCGUCGUUCUGUGCCUACACACACACAGGUCUGAGAAACAGACCUGUUCUUAGCUGGUGACUAGAGGGAUUCUCGGAGAGCGAAGAGUCCUCUUUGAGAAAUUCAGACUUCUCCAACGUGCCUUGUGCUCUGAGCCAGGAAGAGAACUCCGGGUUGGAAUCUGGGGGGGGAACGACGGGGUGAUUUCCAGAAAACUUUACCCCACAGAAACGGGGAGCAAUCAAAAGGCCGCUCCAAAGAAGGAAAGUGGAACAUAAAAUAAUGGCACAGCCGUCACUGUGAUGUUGGAAAUACUUACAGCGCACUCUCUUUGUAUACUGAUGAUCAGGCAGCUUUACUGCACAGAGUUGUGUAAAAAAAGGAUUGACUGGAACCAAACUUUUGCUAAGCCUCUCCUGGAUCUCCGGAAGGAGACUUCUGCUGCAACGCACCAUUUCUGUCCAGUAGCGUAGCACUACCACAUUUUGUACUUGAAGCAAUGUCUUUGACAUGAUUGAUUGUUAAAGGGAAUGCCAUGGUUUAAGCAUACCGGACCCAGCAACACAAAUGCAACAGUUAAGUGAAGAGUAUAGCCCUCCAAAGAUCAGUUUCCAAAUAGCUUUGUACAUAUUUGAAGUUGGUUUUGAAAUCACAAGCUAAAAACAUCAGCCCCAGUGUUGGUAGCUGGAUUUCAUGCCAUAAUGCUCAAAGAAAUAUGCUAUUUCUGGAAUAAGGUUUGACUUUGGUUGUAAUCCUGUGUACUUUUAAAGAAAUCUAUUCAGAUACCAAAUACUGGGGGUAUUUACAAGCAUAUGAAUAGUUGGUAAGGUGGUUUACCAACAGACAAAAAGGGAACUGCUCCUUAAUUAUAUUCAUAACACGAUUAACUUCCUUAGCUAGAGGUUCCAGGGCUUGGUAGGUAGAAACAGAGGUGGAUAUAAAUUGCUUUUUUUUAAAAGUGACCUUUGGGAUUUUUAACGACCAGAACCGAGGUUCUUUCUGUCAGGCUGUAAAUGCGCUUUCCCAUCCAAGUGGGAUUCCUUGGAAAGCUUAAAGUGGUUCAGGCAUCUGCUUCCCCUUAUGAAGGUUGCAGUUUUCCUUUUCAGUGUCCCUAAUUCUGUGGUGCACAUUGAGUGUGCCGGAAGCCCUAAGAAGCCCCAGCGAGGCGCUACCAUGUUCCGAUGUGAUAUCUGUAUUAUCCUUUUACAAAAAUAUUUAUUUUACAUAUUUAUAUUUAUUUAAUUUUUAAUACAAAAUGGUACCAUAUUGAAAUGGUACUCGUCUAAAGCAUGCCAAAUAUUUUCUUUUUUAAAAAAUCAUUAAAUCCUGUCUGGUGCAGUGACCUUUUUUUAAACGGACAAAGAAAAGGUAUACGGCAUCUUUUCAUCCACCUUAUGCAUUUUCAGAAAUUCUGGAUAAAAUGUUUUAAUACAAGGAAACCUUUAAUCUGUGUGGUUGUGUUCCUGUGCGUCUUAAAUGGAUAAAUUAUUAAUAGUUAUGUGUAUGAUUGGGCAUUGAUAGAGGGUUUUUUCCGUCUUGUCUUUUGUUCUGUUCUUUGGGGCCUUACAUUACAGGGAAGUGGAUUUUUCUAGUUUUGUAAUGCAACAGCAGAUAUUAAAGUAAGAUAUCAAAAUGUGGAUAUUACAGGACUUUAAAGCUUGAAAAUAAUGGCGGUCUUACCUAACAAUUCAAAUGAUGUUUCAUAUUUUUGUAGUUCUACUGUACAGUACUUUUAUAAUUCUUCUAAAUAAGAACUUCACAGAGAUUUUAAAAUAAUAAAAAGUAGAUUUUGAAACUCU